UUUUAACUUUUUAUUAUUUUUUUUCUCAUAUUUUUUUUUGUUUCACUUAUAAAAUUAAUAGUAAAAGAUCACAAUGGAGAGUAUUUUUUCAUUCCUUAAUUCGAGAUUCCUCAAUAUUUUGCUGUCCAAAAAAAAAAAUUUACAGCAAUGGGUGAAAGACCACCGUAAAGUUCAUCAAGUCAACUUCACUCACCACCACCACCACACGAUCCAAAGACUUGCCUUAGCUUCUGCUUCAGAAACCCAGAGAGUACUUUGCAAACUGCUAACCCUUCCCUCUUCCAUCGUCUUUCUUUCUUUGUUCUGAAUUCUGAUCCCAUCUGAUCUGCUGCACUUGAAAUCCACCCAUCAUGGCUGAAAAACUCUAUGGUGGAGCUUACCUCUCUCCCCUUGUUGAUGCUGUUUUGGACAACACGAUUUCAAUACUUGAAGAAGACGACUCUUUCCUCGAAAGGAACAACUUGCUUGAAAGGUUGCAGACUUGUCUGUAUGAUGUUGGACCUGUUCUUGAUGAUGCUGAGCUGAAACAGUUCACUAACAAGAGAGUCAAGAAGUGGCUUGUUGAUCUCCAAGAUGCUCUCUAUAUAGCCGAUGACUUGCUCGAUGAGAUCUCCACUAUAGCCGCCAUCGAUGUCACUCAAAGGGAUCCAGGUAACUCUUCUUCCUGCUCUCGUCUUGUUGAUUGGUAUAUUCAAGAUAAUGGCGACAUGGAAAAAAUAGUUGGCAAACUAGAGUCUGUUGUAAGACGCAAACAUUAUCUUGGUCUGGAGAAGAGUGCCAAGGUGGACAUGUCAUGGAGAAUUCCAUCCACAUCUCUCCUUGAACCAUCCGAGAUAUGUGGCCGUAAAGAAGACAAGGAGGCCAUACUGAAACUGUUGUUGGAUGAUGAUGAUGCUGCUGAUUUAUCUGUUAUUCCCAUUGUCGGCAUGGGCGGAAUAGGAAAGACCACUUUGGCCCAAUUGGUUUACCAUGAUGACAAAGUGGAGAAGAAUUUCAAUUUUCAAGCUUGGGUAUGUGUGUCAGAAGAGUUUGAUAUUGUCAAGGUCACCAAGACUAUAAUCGAGGCAAUAACUUCGAGUUCUUGUAAUCUGACAGAUUUGAAUUUACUUCAACAUGAUUUAAAGCAAAUGUUGUCAAGGGAAAAGUUCUUUGUUGUCUUGGACGAUGCAUGGAAUGAAAAUUAUGAUGAUUGGAAUACACUUCUAAAACCUUUUCAGAAAGGGGUUAAGGGAAGUAAAAUUCUCAUAACUACUAGAAGUAAAAGAGUGGCCUCUGUAGUGCAAACUGUUUUACCUCAUGAACUAAGUCCAUUGUCUGAUGAUGAUUGUUGGUUGGUGUUUUCAAAACAUGCACGUCUUUCAACUGUUUCUGUGGAGAAUCCAACCCUGGAAAAAAUUGGUAGAGAUAUCGUAAAGAAGUGUGAUGGAUUGCCCUUGGCAGCUCAAGCCCUUGGAGGCUUAUUACGUGGAAAUUCAGAUGUCAGGUAUUGGAAUCAUUUGUUGAAGAGUGAGAUCUGGGAACUUUCAGAUGAAAAGAUAAAGGUUGUUCCAGCAUUAAGAAUCAGUUAUUAUUAUCUUCCUUCAUACUUGAAGGAGUGCUUUGUUUAUUGUUCCUUGUAUCCCAAGGACUAUGAAUUUGAAAAAAAUGAACUGAUCUUGUUAUGGAUGGCGGAAAAUUUUUUACAACCAGUAGGAAAAAAGACUUUAGAAGAAGUUGGUGGUGAAUAUUUUGAUGAAUUAAUUGCAAGAUCAUUUUUCCAACCUCAUAAUACUCUGGAAAAGGUUUUUGUAAUGCAUGAUCUCAUACAUGAUUUGGCUAUGAUUUUUGCUGGAGGAUUCUAUUUUAGAGCUGAAGAACUUGAGCAUGCAGUUGAGGUUGAUAUUAAAACUCGUCGUUUAUCACAUAAUGCCAAAGGCAAUUAUCCAAUGUCAAAAUUUUUCGGAGUAUGUGAUAGAGUAAGACAUACGAGGACAUUUCUUGAAGUCAAUUUGGAGUCAUGGAUCCCAUUUAACAUGGAAAAUGCACCUUGUAUCAUGUUGUCACAGUUGAAGUACAUGAGAGCUUUGUCGUUCAAAAGCUUUCCUCUUGAGUCAGUGCCUGAUUCAAUAUGUGAGUUGAUUCAUUUGCGUUAUUUGGAUCUCUCUGAGACCUACAUUGUGUCACUACCGGGGUCUUUUGGUAGUCUGUACAAUUUGCAGACCUUGAAGCUAUUUCGUUGUAAAAAACUGAAAAUGCUUCCGGUUGGCAUGAAAGAUCUUGUAAAUUUGCGCCAUCUUGAUAUUAGAAAGACUUGUCUGUCUGAGAUGCCGGAAGGCAUGAGCAAAUUGAAAAGUUUGCAGUUUUUAAGCGACUAUGUUGUUGGGAAGUGUGAAGAGAACAAGAUCACAGAAUUGGGAGGACUUGCAAAUCUACAGCAAUGUAUUUCCAUUGCCAAAUUGGAGAAUGUGGUCAACGGCAGUGAAGCUUCGAUGGCAAGAAUGUUUGAUAAGGAUGGCAUUAGCUCUUUGCUCUUGAGGUGGUCAUUGGAUAAAGAUGAGAAUACAGCUGAUUCCCAAAUAGAAAGAGAGAUACUUAACAAGUUACAACCUCAUAGUAAUUUGAAAGGACUAGAAAUCGUGGGUUAUAGGGGUACAACAUUUCCAGAUUGGUUGGGACAUUCUUCCUACCACAACAUCACCAAAAUAACAUUGCUUAGUUGUAGGAAUUGUCGAAUGCUUCCUUCACUUGGGCAGUUGCCCUUUUUGAAGAACCUAUACAUUUCAGAGUUUGACAGUGUGGGGAUUGUGGAUGCUGAGUUUUACUUUAACCAGAAUGCUGAAUCUUGUUUGGAGACACCACCAUUCCCAAUGCUUGAAACUCUUUGGUUUCAAUCAAUGCCUCACUGGAAGGAAUGGCGUUUAUUGGAGUUCAAUGCAUUUCCUCGACUUAGGGAGCUUACCAUAAGGGAGUGUCCCAUGUUGAGAGGAGAUUUGCCGAAUCAUCUACCAUCUUUGCAAUCACUUACUAUUUUCAAUUGCGAGCAGCUCAGUUGUUGCCUUCCAAGUGCUCCUGCAGUUAGCACUUUAUACAUUGAUGGUGGUAAUAAAGUGAGAAUUCGGGAGCUACCUCCUUCACUGUGUCGUCUAUCAAUUGAAGGAAACCAUCAAGUGGAGUCCGUGGUGGAUGUCAUUACGCACACGAAACUGAUUUACCUCACGUCUUUAUCCAUCUCAUGUUGUUCCUCCCACAUUUGGGUUCCAGUGACUGCUAUCCCCCCAUCACUGCAACAGUUGGCGAUAGUGGAUUGCAGAGAAUUAGAAUUCCAAAUGGAUGGCCAACACCACUCACUUCAGGAACUAUACAUACGUAGCAGCUGUGAUUCACAUAAAUCAUUCUCGUUGUUGGAUGCAUUUCCAAAUCUCAAGGAUGUUUAUAUUAUGGAGUGUGAAAAGAUGGAGUCUAUUGUGGUGUCAGGCUCACUUUCAAGUCUCCGUUCUUUAUUCAUCAAGAAUUGUAGGAGUUUGAAAUCCAUAUGGACGAUAUGGAUGGCAACACCUCAGCUAGAUGAACUCGGAAUAUUGGGUUGCACAGAGAUGGAUUUGUAUGCUACAGGAGAUACACACUGUAGCUUGAGAUCUCUUGCCAUCAGCUACUGCCAGAAACUGGUGAGCUCUGCACCAUUCACGAAUUCCCAAUUUCAUGGGCUUACAGAUCUUUGGAUUUCUGGUGAACAUGAUGAGAGUGUGAAGUGCAUCCCAAAGGAAGGUUGGUUGCCUGCCUCCCUUGAGUCUCUCACACUGUUUCGCAUGAAAAAUGUGGAGACGUUGGAAUGCAAGGGACUUGCCCACCUCACCUCCCUCCAACGUUUAACUAUUAAUGAAUGUCCCAUGUUGGAGAAUAUGGACGGUGAAAAGCUGCCUUCCUCUCUAAUAAAACUAAGCAUCUGUGAAAGCCCUUUGCUGGGCAAUCGAUGUGAGAAGAAGGAUCCACAGCUUUGGCCCAAAAUCUCCCACAUCCGCGCCAUUAAAGUUGAUAGCAGAUGGAUUUGGUAAUCCAACAACUUCAACAGAUUAUCCAUCGACCCAACAACACAACUUCUCCACCUAUGCUUUCUCGCUGCAUGAACAAUAUUCAAUCAUUGCAAUACACAGGGCUGAAUGCUGAGAAAUAAGACAGGAACAGUGAGAGUGAAACUUUCUUCCAGAAAGCAAUUCAGCAACAAGGGAGAGCAGCAAUCAUGGACACAAUGCAAGAGAUUCAAGAGAGGCAUGACAAUUUGAAAUUAUCAAAUGAUUUCACUUUAACUAAGAACAAGUAACAAGUUGACAACUUAGUAUAAACAUAUCAGUAUGACAAAUUAAAGAUCAAAAACAUGAUCUUGUGCGUAAAAAUCUUUUCCAUGGAAGCCAACAAGAGAUAACUUCUGCAGCUACGAUUUUGCUUUUGAAUUUUGAUGCAUGAAGAAUAUUCCAUCGUUGUAAUACUCAGUGGGUAAUUCUGAGAAACAAGACAAGGAUAAUAAGGUUCUUGAAGAAGAUCAUAGUCCCUGCCAAAAAUAGAAAACUUCCAAAGAAAAUGGAAUUCUCACCUUGAUUGCUUUCAUAUAAGUGGUGGUUAAGAAACCUGAUGGCAAAAGUGGAGAGAGUGAAACUUUCUUGCAGAAAGCAAUUCAACAACAAUCCAUGAUAUUCAAGAGAGCUUAGAGAGGCAUGACAGUUAUUGAUAUAGAGAGGAGCCUCAAUGAGCUUCAUCAUGUGUUCUUGGAUAUGGCUCUUUUGGUCCAAUCACAAGGGGAUCAAUUAGUUGCAUAGAGAGCCACGUGGCAAUAAUGAUCAUUACCAUAUUGAUUACAGUCCUCCUUAUUGUUCUAAGAACUGAUUACACUCUCUCUCUCUCUCCAUUAGUUGACAGCAGCUCCUUGUUAUUGGAGUUUAAUUCAUCAUUAGUCACUCUAAUACCAUGACAUUAUUUUUCCUCCCUACAUAGUCCUUUUUGGAAGAUUAAUGUUGGAGGAAUGAGAUUAAUUGUUUUUCACCCUUAAGUGUUUAUGGUCUAAGA